AUGCAAUUAUACGGGCUUAUUUGUAUUAUAGAAGAUCGUGAAAAACCUGUUCCUUUGCAAAAUGUUUCGGUUGAAGCGAAUAUCGUUGAUAUGAUAGCUGAAACAACGGUUUGUCAGACCUAUAAAAACGUUGAACAAAAUACGAUUGAAGCAAUUUAUAAAUUUCCACUUCAUGAGGCUGCAGCGGUAUGUGGAUUUGAAGCCGAAAUUGAUGGAAAGAAAAAAGUUAAAGGAAUAGUUAAAGAAGCAAAGGAAGCUGCAAAAGAAUACGAUGAGGCUAUUCAACAAGGCCAUGGGGCUUAUCUGCUCGAAGAACAACUCGCAGAUAUUUUCCAAUGCUCCAUUGGUAAUAUCACAGCAGGUCAAACUGUUGUUAUCAGAAUUACCUAUGUAACCGAACUAAAACAUGAUGCUGAUACUGAAAGUAUUCGAUUUGUUUUUCCUACCGCAAUUGCUCCACGAUAUGGUUCAUCCGAAUAUUCUACUUCAAAUGAUGGAAAGAAACUUGUUCCUGAUGUAGUAUCUUAUUCCAACAAGACUGAUUACUAUUUAAAGCUUGCUAUUAUGUGCAGAAUGACUUCUGCUAUUCAAAGCAUCGAAUCACCAUCUCAUCAUAUUUCAUCCGAGUUAAAUAUUGAUGGCAAUCCAAAUGUUUCGCAAAUUACUCUAGCUGAACAAAUUACUUAUUUGGAAAAAGACUUUAUACUUGUUGUCAAAAGUUCGGGUCUCAAUCAGCCAAGGUAA